AUGGCUGAAGCCACAGAGGACUUCUCCUCCUUACCCUUGCCCGACCGGUUCGCUCACAAGAACUGGAAGGUCCGAAAGGAGGGAUACGAAGAUGCGAAAGCGCAAUUUGAAAAGACUCCCGAUGAAUCACAUCCGGUCUUUGUACCAUUCAUACAAGACCCUGGUCUGUGGAAAGGGGCGGUGGCAGAUUCCAAUGUUGCAGCACAGUCAGAAGGUCUUGCAGCAUACUGCGCCUUUCUAAAAUUCGGAGGAGCCCAGGCCUGCACGAGAUCCCGCGCAUACACAAUUGGACCAAUUGCUGAAAAAGGUCUCCCAUCUACACGACCGGCUGGUAAAGCUAGCGCCCAGGAAGCUCUUUUAUUAUGUGUCGAAUUGGAUAAGGCCGAUCCGGUGAUUGAGGAGCUACUACCCAUUCUAUCACACAAAGUACCCAAGGUGAUCGCUGCCACUCUCGCGGCCUUGACCCUCAUUUAUCACAACUUUGGCUGCAAGAUCGUCGACCCGAAACAAACGUUGAAGGCGCUGCCCAAGGUUUUUGGUCAUGCCGAUAAAAAUGUCCGCGCGGAAGCACAAAAUCUGACCGUAGAACUCUACCGGUGGCUUCGGGAGGCCAUCAAGUCUCUGUUCUGGGCCGAUUUGAAACCUGUACAACAGGGAGAUUUGGAGAAACUAUUUGAAGCUGUGAAGCAGGACCCCACGCCAAAGCAAGAGCGAUUUACUCGGGCACAACAAGAUGCCAUGGCCGCGGCCAGCGCUGCCCCGGCAGGCGAGGGGGGUGAGGAUCCAGCCGGAGAUGAGUUUGAUGAGGAGGAGGACGCGGUGGUUGUUGAUGCCUUCGACUUGGCGGAACCCGUUGACGUCUUGAAGAAAGUCCCUGACAACUUCCAUGAUCAAUUGGCCUCGUCAAAAUGGAAGGACCGCAAGGAAGCGUUAGACGCCCUUUAUAACGUUCUCAACGUUCCCCGGAUCAAGGAUGGCCCCUACGAUGAGAUCGUGAGAGGAUUAGCCAAAUCCAUGAAGGAUGCCAACGUCGCGGUCGUCACGGUAGCUGCCAACUGUGUGGACGUGUUGGCCAAAGGCCUUCGCAACGGUUUUACCAAAUACCGAAGCGUCAUUAUGGCGCCCAUAUUUGAACGUUUGAAAGAAAAGAAGGCGACAGUCUCAGAUGCUUUGGGCCAGGCGUUGGAUGCUGUCUUCACAACGACAACUCUUACGGACUGCUUGGAAGAAAUCUUUGAGUAUCUCAAGCACAAGAACCCACAGAUCAAGCAGGAAACUGUCAAGUUCUUGGUUCGUUGCUUGCGCACAACCCGGAUGGUACCAGCCAAGGCAGAGCAGAAAGCGAUCGCCGAUGCCGGCACAAAGCUAUUGACCGAGUCAGCCCCGGCAAUCCGUGAAGGAGCGGCUGAAAUUCUGGGUACAUUAAUGAAAAUCCUGGGUGAACGGGCCAUGAACCCGUAUCUCGAUGGUCUUGACGAGAUUCGUAAAACCAAAAUCAAAGAGUACUUCGGAACCGCUGAAGUCAAGGCCAAGGAGCGACCCAAGGCUAUCGUGGCACCCCCAAAGCCCGCCGUCCCAGCUGCCAAAAAGGUCGUCGGCAAGAGGCCGGCGCCAACUGGACUGAAAAAACUAGCCCCUGUAGCUGCUCCACCUGCUCCAGAAGAACCCCCAGUCAAACCUGCAUCCAGAGGAAUCCCUUCGAAGCUCGGUGCUCCUAAGCCCGGCAUUGCAACUCCUGGAUCAGCUCUCAAGCUGCAACGGAAGCUUGCUGGCCCCGGAACCACCGCAUCGCCGUCCAGACGAGUUGCGGCACCAGCACCUCCAGAAGAGGAUGUGGCUCCCCCGCCGGCUGCUCCCAAGUUCGGUCUUGGUCGUGGCCUUGCGGGUCGGCCCAUUGCCAGACCUUCGGUGCCUGCUGAACCUGCUGUCAAUACUAUGGCGGCAGCCGAUCGUGCUGAGCUAGAGGAGUUGCGGGCUGAAAAGGUGAAGCGUGCUGAGUUGGAGGAACUACGGGCGGAGAAAGAAAACCUCUACCGAACGGUGGAAGAAAUGAAGUCCGAACGGUCAAGGCUCAACUCAACAAUCACUGAACUUCAGAACCAGAAUGCACAGCUGAUUGAGGACCACACUCGCGACGUCUUGAGCAUCAAGGCGAAAGAGACUCAACUUGUUCGAGCACGGAGUGACGCGGAAACCGCGGAGGGAAAUGUUCAAAAGCAGCAGAGAGAGAUCGAAAGAUUGAAGCGUGAACUUGCACGAGCACUUCGCGCGUCUGCCAUGAGCCCACCUAACGCUACUUCCGACGCAGGAAGCAUGGGCAUGCCAGAUACAAAUUCCAUCUAUCAAGACCACAUCGGCAACAGCAAUGCUGCUACACGAUCUGGCCUUCAUAUGGGAUCUCGUUUCGAAGGCUCGCGUCCUCGGAGCUAUGCCUCUGCUACUCCCAGUGAAGAGAAGGAGUCCGGCAUGGAAUCACCAGGACCCAGCAGUCGCAAUGGCGGUCUAGGUCGACGCAAUUUGAGCCCUACUACAUACGGUUACUCGGCCGUUGCUAGCCCCACACGCUCAACCCGAGACUCCACCAAUUUUAAUGAAGACGACCAGCAGCAGCCCAGAUCAUCUGAGCCGGCAGAGAACUGGAAGCGCGCCGCGGAAGUCACCAGCCAACUGAAGGCGCGAAUUGAACAAAUGAAGGCACAAGCCUACAACACCUACAAUGACCAGCCGGAACAUGAUCCUUCCUUGAUCCACGAGCUGAUCGCCGGUGCCGCUAGCUACGAGGCAGCCAAGGCCUAUGAGGACCACGUUGCUGAGAAUGGUGAACCCGACAGCCACGCAAAGGCCAAAGAGAUCCUGGCUGGAUUUGCUGGUGCCUUUGUCGACCGUGAGGUUGAGUCCAGAGGAUUGGACUUCAUUGACAGGGAGAGGGCCAAGUAUGAUGCCAGACAGCAGGUUCAUGAUGCGUAUGAUUCCAAUGGAAAUCAGUUUUAG